ACCAUUCUUGUUGAUGCUUAUACAUUCUACCUGGUAUCUGCCAAGACCUGCAAACAAACAAACAUUGCUCUGUUUCUCAUCCUCUGUAUUCCUGUCUCCAGUUUAAGAUCCGUGUUCUGUCUAAGCUGGCUGCAGAGUUGAACUCCUACAUGCCAGAGAAAGUUCCAGAGGACACCAGCAGCCUCCUGCGCUCCCCCAUGCCGGGCACCGUGGUGGCUGUGUCCGUCAAGCCUGGAGACACGGUUGCAGAGGGUCAGGAGAUCUGUGUGAUUGAAGCCAUGAAGAUGCAGAACAGUCUGACUGCUGCCAGGGGAGCAAAGGUGAAGAGUGUGCACUGUAAGGCGGGGGAGACAGUGGGAGAGGGAGACCUGCUGGUAGAGCUAGAAUAAAUAUUGACCUUUGACGUGUGACAUCACCAGGAAGAGCCUUACCCCCUCUGAGUCCUCAGAGGAGGAUCCACACUGGACAAUAACAGACGCUCCAUUAUGUUGCCAGUGGUUACUCUCCGGAGAGCCUCCCCCCCCCCACCAUGACUCAGCAGUCUGCUCCACAUGUAACGCUAACCCUGCAGCUGCACACAGACCUCCUGUAAAUCUGUCCAUGCUUCUGUUGAGUGUGUUUUCUAGACCUGAUUGUUUGUGUUGUUUUUGGAGUCAGUUGAACCACAUUUCAAAAUAUUGUCCCGUUUCACCUUCAUGCUGUUUGCCUUGCAGAUAGUUUCAGUUAUAUGCCAAGGUUUUUAUGUCUGCUUCCAAUAAUAUGGACUUAGACCUUUGGUGUGUAAGCUGCUCAUGACUCUUCCAAAUGUUAUUUUUCUUUGAUUUGAGAACCAUUUGUCUCCAUGGUGCAGGUCCAGCCUUGAUCAGACCUCACUGAACCGGUGUAUUUAUAUUACAACCAACUUUAACAAUAAUGUGACUUCUAGAAGCAAUUGGCUGACCAGUGAUGAUUUAGGUUAGGUUUUCCUUAUUAGAGACAGAGAACACUUUUGCAAACAUCUUUCAUCUGUAAUUAAUGAAGAGGAAUUUUUUUAAUGUAAUAAAACUUUGAUUAAAAAAUAAACACUGGGAUUAAUAUGUUCUAUGAACCAUGUGGUGUACUGUGUUAAUCUGGCAUAAAGUGUGUGCCUAAGAAGCAUAUAUAGGAAAUAAAGACUCCAAUAAAGACUU